GUUUGGCAGGGUCUUGUCUUCCUGUGUUCAGCACACUGCCCUUUGCUUACUGCAACAUCCACCAAGUGUGCCACUAUGCCCAGAGAAAUGACAGGUCCUACUGGCUGUCCAGUGGGGCUCCACUUCCUAUGAUGCCACUCUCGGAGGAAGAGAUCCGCCCUUACAUCAGCCGCUGCGCAGUGUGCGAGGCUCCAGCCCAGGCAGUGGCUGUCCACAGUCAGGACCAAUCCAUCCCACCGUGUCCACGGGCGUGGAGGAGCCUCUGGAUCGGGUACUCAUUUCUGAUGCACACUGGAGCUGGGGACCAAGGAGGAGGGCAGGCGCUCAUGUCGCCUGGCAGCUGCCUAGAGGACUUCAGGGCUGCACCGUUCCUUGAAUGCCAAGGCCGGCAGGGAACCUGCCACUUUUUUGCAAAUGAAUACAGCUUCUGGCUGACCACCGUGAACCCAGAUCUGCAGUUUUCCUCUGGCCCUUCACCUGACACCUUGAAAGACUUGCAGGCCCAGCGCCAGAAAAUCAGCAGGUGCCAGGUCUGCAUGAAGUACAGCUAGAGAAUUCAAAACAUGCCCACAGGCAUCAAGAGAUACAUCCCAGAGAGGAAAAGAUUCCCCAGCUAUUCCAGCACAUUCGGUGGUGCUCGCUCCCUUCUCUGUCAGCCAUGCCUUGUCUCAGCGUGGUUACCCCAGGAGUCCUUCUCCUCCAGUCAGAUCAAGCAAACUUUGCACACGUGGAUUUGUUUGGCCCCCGCCAAUCUAGAUGAAACCCACAUAUUCUCUCUUUAUUGAGAUGAUGGAAGA